AUGAAUUUCUGCCAACCAGGAAUCUUGGAAAAUAUACAGUUCUGUUAUGAAGCUAUUAAUGACUCUUGUCCUAAAGUAAUCUACUCAGAGGUUCUGCGAAUUUCAACAUAUUUUUUUCUGUGGACAGCAAUAAUAGUAACAGUCUGUGGAAACCUUCUGGUAAUCAUUUCCAUCACCCAUUUCAAGCAACUUCAUACACCAACCAACUUUCUUCUUCUUUCAUUGGCAAUAGCAGACCUACUACUUGGUGGAUUUAUUAUGCCUCCAAGCUUGAUCCGCUCUCUGGAAAGUUGCUGGUACUUUGGCGAAUUAUUCUAUCGUUACUAUGCAGUAUGUCACCCGCUGCAAUAUCGAGAAACAAUCACAAUUUAUAUUACGCUCAAGAUGAUCUUAACUGGUUGGGUCUUGGCUGCAUUUCAUGGGUAUGCAAUGAUAUUUUUAAAAUUAAAUACAAAAGGUAUUGAAGAUUUUUAUUAUCAAAAUUUUAAUUGUGUCGGAGGAUGCUUCCUAAUACAAAGUGCCACUUCAAGCCUUCUUUCAUCGUUGUUCUUCUUUUAUGUUCCUGCACUUAUUAUGAUUGCCAUCUACAUUAAGAUUUUUAUUGUUGCUAGGAUUCAGGCUAGAACAAUUCGACAGGCGGCAAUGAAAAAUGAAACUGCCAAUGAGAAGAAAAAGGCUAUGUUAAUGAAGAGAGAAAGAAAAGCAGCUAGGACUCUGGGAAUAACUAUUGGAGUUUUUUUGUUUUGUUGGACUCCAUUUUUCAUAUGUCUUGUUUCUGAUCCAUUUUCUAAUUAUUCAGCACCACCUGUUAUGGUUGAUGUUCUGGUAUGGUUGGGUUACUUAAACUCCACUUUUAAUCCUUUCAUACAUGCUUUCUUUUUUACCUGGUUCAGGAAAGCACUUAGGGUAAUCCUCCAUGGAAAGGUAUUUCAAAGCAGGUCUUCGAUGAUAAGGCUAAUAGAAGACUAA